AUGGCGCUGGAGCUGUCUAAAUAAGUGAUUGAGAUUUCUGUUCGACAUCAUCCGGGCCACAGCGCAGGCUGUGCCGUUUGUUUCUAGUGUGUCCAAAGAGGUCCAGAACCAAAGCUAAGAAGAUGAACAUUUCUCCUCGGACAAUCACUGGGGGUUUGCAUCCUCUCAACAAAGGGGCGUGUGAUUGGGGAUGGCAAAAUUUGUUCGCAUAUGGCUGUCACACUUCAGUGGUUGUUAUAGAAACCAAAGGCAUUCAGAUAAUUCAAACGCUUGAGAAGCACCGUAGUCCGGUGGUUCAAGUUCAGUGGGCCAGAGAGAAUUACCAUCACACCAUAGAUGCACCGUACACCCUUCGGCUAGCAUCAGCUGAUUCCAGUGGACUUAUCAUCAUCUGGGAUGUAUGUGCAGCUUCAGAGAGAGCUAGUUUCUCAGAUGGCAACAAGCCAGUACAAGAUUUACAGUGGCUCUCUACCCAGGAUGCAUCACACGAUCUGCUUGUGGCGUUGCAUCCUCCCUAUAGCAUCGUGCUAUGGAAUGCGGAUACUGGCACUAAAUUAUGGAAGAAGACCUUUACAGACGUUCUGCAUUGCUUCUCCUUUGAUCCAUUUGAAUCUUCAAACCUUACAUUACUCGGGAAUGAUUGCAUCUUGUUCGUCAACGACUUCAGUGCAGCGAAACCACCCUCGAGCAAUGGAAAGAAGUUUUACAUCACCACGCCCAGUCCACAGACGACCAAUCAGAUGACAGGAGGCAUGGCAAGUGAUCGUCGAGGGAGUAGCGCGAGUGGAGCGAGAACGGCACUCAAGAGAGUUCGUCUUCUUGUAGGCGACAACAAAGCAAAACAAAGGUCAGUGAAUACCUCAGUGGAUGACCCCGAUAGUCAGGGAGUAAGCGAAUGCCUUCAGUUGUCUUACAUGAGAUCCAGACGCAAUCACCUACUUCUCUUGUAUGCCAGAGAGAUUUUGAUCCUUGAUCUCGCAAUCUACCAGACUGUUAGCGUGAUUCCGAUGGAAAGAAGUGGCUCUCCGUUUCAGCAGGUUUUUCCUUGUCGGCAACGUGAUGUAUUAAUGUGUUUACAUGACAAUGGGAGUAUAAGUGUGAGAGUCAGAAGGAGACUGGUCACCACAUCUCCGGGAGCACCUACCACACCAUCAGACCAGUAUCACGGUACACCAUCAGGUGGAGAGAUGAUCUUGGAAGGUCAGGAUAUGACCUAUGACUUACGAUGCCAGUCUGACCCUCUACGAGUCACCAAACACAUGCGUACCUUUGGUUUGGCUUGUAGUCCAGUCAGCGAGAGUCACAGCGCCCUCAUGCUGAGCGACGGCCGCAUUCUCUUCUGGUCGCUGAUGACUGUCGAUCACGACGCAUCGUCCAUGGGAAACAACCACUCCCAGCUUGUGCUAUCCCCGCUCCAUUCCCCUGGUCAAGCUUUCCCUCCGUCGCUCAACGGGGACUUUGAAUUCCUGCCGCCUCUUCUUGCCUCAAAACCAACUCAGAUACCGGCCCCAAAGACCUCCAUUGCAGACUUCCUGUGUCCUCCGGAUGUGGUUAUCGAUGGGGAUUUCAAACAUGGCCGUCAGGUUUUGCUCAAGUUUGUAAUGACUGGUCUCUCGAGUGGGAUAGCUGAUGUACCUGUAGUGAUCAGGAUGUGUCCGCCACUGACCACCAAGAAUGUCCAUUACUACAAGCCUCUCAUUACCAUAGGUACUUCAACUGGGUUAGUUCAAGUUUACAAUCUUACCACAGGGUCUUUGUACAGAGAAUACAACAUUCACACGACAUCUGUCAGAUGUAUCGAGUGGGUCAGUCUCACAAGUUUCCUGUCAGUGAGCUAUCCCAACCCAUCCAGUAAUGGAAUGGUCCGUAAUGAGCUACUGCUUCUGGACAUGCAGACGGGACGAACCAUACCGAUGAGAGAACACAAAGGAGACGAACCGCCCAUUGAGGCACUUAAGGUCUCACACCUCAAGCAGUAUCUUAUAGUCUUGUUCAAGGAGAAGCCAUUUGAGAUAUGGGAUUUAAGAACUGUGUGUCUCCUCCGAGAGAUGCCCAAGCAUUUCCCUAUCAUCACAGCACUGGAAUGGUCCCCAUCCCACCAUAAGAAGAAGUCUGCCAACGUUGAACAUCAAUCCAGCGGCAUGAGUUUAGAUGGAGUUUUGAUGGGGAGUACCAUCAAUCUCGCAGAGAGUAGCAGUGAGAACCGACCAGCAACGACAACCAUUAGGGAACAUUUCGUGUUUGCCGAGAUCAGUGGCGUCCUUCAUCACUUCUGGGUUGAGGGUAGCGUGGUCCACGAGGGCGCCAAACUGCCGUCGGAGAGCAGUCUGACAACAAUCAGCUGUAUUGCUUGGAAGGGCGAGACCCUGGUAAUGGCCGACUCUGAUGGCAAUCUUGGGGUGUGGGACCUAAAGGCCAAGAUCUCAAGGAAUUAUCCAACUCACAAGUCCAACAUCAAGAAGCUUAAAUUUGGUCCUGGGAAAGGGAAUCUGAAGCUGAUGUUUCUCUGGAAUGAUGGUGUGGACAUCUGGGAUUGUAGAGAGAUGCAAGCUCUUAGUUCGCUGAAAGGUGGGAAGGAUGAUCGUAAACCCGUGGACAUGGACUGGGCCGCGUCGGAUAAACCAGUCGUGCUUAGUGUGGAUGGGUGUCUGAGGGUCUAUGACGUUCAUCUGAAGACCUCAUGUUGGUCUAUUGCUGAUGCUGAAUUUGUUGAACCAGUAUUCUGCCCAUAUCUACUGUCCCCCAAGGCAGCCUUAGCCAUGAAAUACACAAUGCAGCACCAGCCUUGGAACAAGAAUUAUUCUCUUCAACUCACAAGUGAAUAUGAAACCCCCGACGACGAGAACAUCAUCAAGUCUGUGAACGAGCAGCUGAAGAUCAUGCCAAGUGACAUCAGACGUUUCCUCCCAGACUGUCCCCACGGCACGGCUCAGCGCUGCCUGCUGGCUGCAAGGCUCUUCGGCGAUGAGGCCGAAGCUGAAUUCUGGAACGUCGCCCUCUAUUAUCUGCGAGUGGAACGUGUCAAGAAGAGUCUCGGAAUGUCUAAAGAAGAUAUCCUCCAAGACGAUCCAUUGACUGAGUUUGGGAUAGAUCCUCCUUAUGAUCCAGCGGCCAACACACAGACGAGCGACUCCACCAAACCAAACCAAGUCACAUUGAGAGAGCUUCCACUGGACAUGUGUUAUGAUGUCCUCUGUGAUAAUGUCACCUUUAGGAAAUACCAGCUGGAAAGGAUCCUGUUGCAUGAUGGGAAGAGAACGACUUACGAGCAUACCAUGAAAUGUGUAGAGAACUUCAUUCUCCUGGGCCAGACUGACCGAGCUGUGCAGCUGCUCUUGGAGACGGAGCCAGAGAAUGAGAGUUACCUGUUGGAUCUGAUGAGGGCAUGCCUUUGUGCCACUGCCCAGGAAUCAGGGUCAUCGCAAAGCACCAUCAAACUGGUCGCUACCAGCCUCAUAGCAAAUGGAAAACUUGCUGAGGGAGUACAGUUACUGUGCUUGAUCAACAAAGGUAUUGAUGCUUGCCGAUACCUACAGACGUAUAACCAGUGGUACCAAGCUAUGUGGUUAGCCAAGGUACGUUUAAGUGACUCCGAGUGUAAUGAGGUCAUGAGAAGGUGGGUUGAGAACCUGUGCAGUCCCAAUGUAAACCAGAAGAGUAUAGCCUUACUUGGUGUCCUUGCCAUGGGGAAUUUCACAAAGGUCCUUCAAAUGCUACUCAGUUUGCAUUACUAUGACCGUGCGGCCAUGUUUGCCGAGGCCUGUAUAGAGUUUUCAGUACUUCCUGAGGAUGAUGAUACCAAGUCUCUGUUGGAGAGGGUGUUCCUGGAGUAUGCCCGCUACCUCCUCGCGCUGGGGAACAAGAAAGCCUAUGGUCACUACUGCAACAGGGCUGCGGAGAAAGCCGAGAAGGUCAUGCAGGAUAUGGAAUGGAUGGAAUGAAAGUCUCAACCUUCCAGAUCUCUACUCCACCCGCCAUCACCCAUCGUCCAUAAUUGAAUCCAUCAAAUACUGCAAUGUUGGGACCGUAAUCAUUACAUAUUGUCCUCAAAUCAUACGUAUUGUACAUAAAUCAUACAUAUUGUGCACAAAUUAUACAUAUCAUUCAUAGAUUUAUCUUGAAAAUUAAUGUAGCUUUGUAAGAAAGCAUACUGACUUAUGAUAGUGACGAUGAUAAGCCAUUCUUGUACAACACAUACACAUUAUAAUCUGUCAUCACCUUUUCGUAGUUUGAUUUAAUACUGUGAUGUGUUCACUCCUCUCUCUCUCUCCCUCUCCCUUUUUUCUAGACUCAUGCAACAGGAUUUAGAUCAUUGUCAUGCACUCACGCUGCCUCUCUGUUAACGAUAGAUCUCUUGAAAUGUAACCAUAUACACAACCUUGUACAAAUUAAACUAGAGGCCAAUAUCUAGGAUACAUCGAACUUAAGUUCUGGGUAACUUACCCUAGAAAUAAAGAUGUCUGGUACAUGACUCGUAGGUCCUCACGUUAGGCCUUGCAAACUGCAACUGCCAUCAUGAAUGGACUGACGGACAUGUGUCCUGUGCGUUUCACCUGUCUCUCU